CCGGUAAAUCUUCGAGUGCAAAUUGCAAAAUUGUGAGAUCAGAUGUGCGCGAGUGUUGUCCGGGUCGCAGUCGAGUGAAAAUAGUGAAAGCAAAAUUCGACCACGAAAACACCGGAGGUCUGCGUUCUUUACCUCCGGCAAAUGGGUGCAAUAAGUAACUAGAGGUGCUGCGUAGGAGAAAAUCCGCAGCUAGCGUCAAAUUCAGCUGGAGUAGUCCCAAAAACCAGUCAGCCGUCUUACGAAAUCGUAAACCAAAUAACACCACCACCACCAGUCGAGUCAAUUGAAGAUGUCAAAUUUUACCCAGAAAUUACUGAUUUUCCGGAACCAUCCGCUAACCGGGUCUCUCGGUUGCCGCACGUUUCACCAGGCCACUGUUCGUCGGGCGCCAACCGGGCCUCCGAAACUAUCACCAUACGAUGUGAACUGCAUCCUGCGGGCAAACGAACAUACUCAGGACUUUACGAGCGGUUCGGUCAAGUGCUAUGAUUCGAACCAGCUGGCCUCGAACUCGCCGAUCGAAGAUUGCCGUAGCGAGGGAAGCUGCGUUCACACUUCAGGUUUAUUGGUGGGCAUUUUCGAUGGACACGCGGGCCCGGCUUGUUCCCAGGUUAUCAGCAAACGGCUGAUGCGCUAUGUCGCGGCUUCGUUGGUUCCUCCGGACGAUCUAAAAGGCCAUCUGCUCAAUGGGGCCCAAAGUCAAUCAUUCAUUAACUGCCAUAAUGACAAGCUCGAAUUUGUCAGCGAAAUAAAAGACAUCUACGAAAAAAGUUUCAGCUUGUUUGCCAACGAGCUGACCAACACAACGCUGGCCGGCUUUCAGAUGCAUCAGGUGCUGGAGAAUGCGUUCCUGCGGUUGGAUCAGGAUCUGUCGAAGGAAGCGUUCGAAAAUCCGAGUCUGCGAACAAUGUCGGUUGCGAUGAGCGGUGCGGUGGCCGUCGUGGCUCACAUCGACGGUCCCCAUUUGCAUAUCGCUUCGACCGGGGAUUGUUCGGCUGUGUUGGGAACUGUGACCGAUACUGGUCAAUGGAUCGCCAAAAAGCUGACCCACGAACACAACAGCGACAACGUGGGUGAAGUUCGGCGGUUGCUGAACGAACAUCCUGCCGACGAGCGUGAUACCGUCAUACGCGGAGAGCGAUUACUGGGCCAGUUGGCGCCACUCCGUGCGUUCGGUGAUUUCCGUUACAAAUGGACCCGGGACCAGCUGGAGCAGAUGGUCGUGCCGCAAUACGGGGAACAUGUCGUUGCCCCGUACUACCUCACCCCGCCAUAUUUAACAGCCCGUCCGGAGAUUACUCAUCACAUCCUGACCCCUAGGGACAAGUUCUUGAUCCUAGCGAGCGAUGGCUUGUGGGAUGCCAUGAGUCCAAUGCAGACGGUUUACCUCGUCGGCGAACACAUGUACGGUAAAGCCUUCCUGCAGCCGCUGAAACUACCAAAGCACGAUGUGUCCUUAGGGGAAAUCAGUCAAAUGUUGACCACCCGGAAGGUGGGCCUCCAGAAAAAACCGCUGGAUCGUAACGCGGCCACCCAUCUCAUACGGAAUGCCCUCGGGGGAACCGACUACGGGGUGGAACACUCGAAGCUGUCCCACAUGCUAUCGCUGCCGCAGGACAUCGUUCGGCUGUUCCGGGACGACAUCACCAUCAAUGUGUUGUACUUCGAUUCGGAAUACCUGCGGAACUGCCCCACCUAGCGGCACGAGUUGCAGCCGAAGAAGCUGUUCGAACCUGUCGUCCUGCAAUAGAUUGAGCAUUUGGGAGCAACUCACUGGUGGAGAAAAAAGGCCGCCGCGUACCAGUUAACGAUCGAAGCCUUCUAGUGUUACCUUAACUACUAAUCAGAAACCGUAACUAAGUACUAUUUAAACAAAUUCGUUGUUGUAUUUUGUCAGCAUAAAUCAGCGAAGCUCCGAAAGCGUAUUUGAUCGCCAACUACAAAGAUUAUACUACUAAAUAGAAGAACAAAAAAACCACGCAUAUUAUAUUUCUCAGUGUUGUGAACUCUAUCAAUAUUCAAAAUUCGGCUUUGUGUAGGGGAAGUUUUUAUUUCGUUUAACUAGACCGGAGCGCAUUCCGAACUUCCCGCGCUAUUAUGUUGAUAUUAUAAGAAGUGAAAAGACGAAUCGCAGAACUUUUACAAAUAAAUAUUUUCCAACGUUUUAGAA